AUGGGUGAUCUUACAGAAGAACUAUCUAUCCCAGACAAUGCCCAAGAUUUGUCGAAAUUACUACGUUCGACGAGCACAAAACCCCAUCAAAUUGCCGAGAUAGUUUCAAAAUUUGAUAAAUUAGAAACCUACUUUCCAAAAAAAGAAAUUUUCGUCUUAGAUUUACUCAUUGAUAGGCUCAACAAUGGAAAUUUGGAUGAUUUUAAGACCAGUGAACAUACUUGGAUAAUUUUCACGAGAUUAUUAGAUGCUAUUAAUGAUCCAAUUUCGAUAAAAAAACUACUCAAAAAAUUGAAGACUGUGCCUGUAAUGAUAAGAACAUUUUUCCUUUGGCCUAAAGACAAAUUACUUACACGUAGCGUUUCGUUUAUAAAAGCAUUUUUUGCGAUUAAUGACUACUUGAUUGUCAAUUUUUCUGUUGAAGAGUCUUUUCAACUUUUAGAACAUGCCAUAAAUGGAUUAAGUUCGUGCCCGACGACUGACUUUGCGCUUUCAUACUUGCAAGAUGCCUGCAAUCUAACUCAUGUUGACAAUAUUACUACAACGGAUAACAAAAUUGCUACUUGUUACUGCAAGCAUAUGCUACUACCAAGUUUAAGAUAUUUCGCACAGACCAAAAAUUCUGCAUCUUCAAACCAAUCCUUCAUUCGUCUAUCUCAUUUUAUGGGAAAGUUCCUUUUACAACCACGCAUAGAUUACAUGAAAUUAAAUAAAAAGUUUGUCCAAGAGAAUGCGUCCGAAAUUACCGACGAUAUGGCUUAUUAUUAUUUUGCCACUUUCGUCACUUUCUUAUCAAAAGACAAUUUUGCUCAACUAGAAGUCAUCUUUACAAUUUUAGGUGCCAAGAAACCUAGUUUAGAAUGCAGAUUUCUGAAUCUUUUAUCGGAAUCGAAGAAAACCGUAUCUCAAGAGUUCCUUGAAGCAUUAUUGCUUGAAAUGUUAGCGUCGACUGAUGAAUCUGGAGUGUUAUCAUUAAUACCAAUUAUCCUUAAAUUGGAUAUCGAGGUUGCUAUUAAACAUAUUUUUCGGUUACUUGAAUUGAUUCAGCUCGAAAAUUUGAACGAUCCUCUCUUUUCCUCUCAUAUUUGGGAUUUAAUAAUCCAAUCACACGCUAACGCAAGGGAAUUAUCAGAUUUUUUUGCCAAAAUAAAUGAGUACUGUUCCAGAAAAGGACCCGAUUCCUAUUUUUUGAUAAAUCAUCCUGCAUAUGUCAAGUCUAUAACGAAGCAAUUGUUCACUUUAUCUUCUUUACAAUGGAAAAAUCUAUUGCAAGCUUUACUUGACCAAGUCAAUCACGAUUCCACCAACAGGGUUCCUUUAUAUUUAAUACGCAUAUGCUUGGAGGGACUAUCAGAGGGCGCAUCGCGCGCAACUCUCGAUGAGGUAAAGCCUAUUUUAUCUCAAGUAUUUACUUUGGAAUCAUUUAAUAACAGUCUUCAAUGGGACCUAAAGUAUCAUAUAAUGGAAGUCUACGAUGAUAUUGUCCCUGCAGAGGAACUAGAAAAAAUCGAUUACGUGUUAUCUUCUAAUAUUUUUGAUACUACAUCGGCUGAUGUUGAAGAACUGUUCUUUUAUUGCUUCAAAUUGAGAGAAUAUAUUUCGUUCGAUCUUUCUGAUGCAAAAAAAAAAUUCAUGAGGCACUUUGAAAUCCUUGACGAAGAAAGAAAGUCAAACUUAUCAUACUCUGUUGUGUCCAAAUUUGCAACAUUAGUAAACAACAACUUUACAAGAGAACAAAUUUCUUCUUUAAUUGAUUCAUUACUAUUGAACUCGACAAAUUUAUCUUCGUUAUUAAAAAAUGAUGACAUUUUUGAGGAGACAAAUAUCACGUACGCUUUAAUAAACAAGCUUGCUUCAUCAUACCAUCAAACCUUCGCUCUAGAAGCUUUGAUUCAAAUUCCUAUCCAAUGCAUCAACAAAAACGUUAGAGUGGCUCUCAUUAACAAUCUAACAUGCGAAUCAUUUUGCCUUGAUUCCGCUACUAGAGAAUGCCUCCUUCAUUUAUUGUCAAGCCCGACCUUCAAGAGCAACAUUGAAACAAAUUUCUACGAAUUAUGUGAGAAAACAAUAAUGAGCCCCGAAAUGGCCAUUUCAGAGACAGGUGAUGAAAAAAAGGAAAUAGAAGACAAAAUAUCUAUUUUCGAAAAAGUUUGGACUAAUCAUCUGUCACAGGCAAAGGAGCCUGUGAGUGAGAAGUUCUUAGAAUCUGGUUACGAUAUCGUUAAACAGUCAAUGUCAUUGUCCAAUGGUGAUAGCAAACUAAUUAUCGCCGGGUUUACUAUCGCAAAAUUUUUGAAACCAGAUAACAAGCAUAGAGAUAUACAAGGUAUGGCAAUUAGCUAUGCUGUUAAAAUUUUGGAAAACUACUCUGAAAAUUUUGAAUCUGAAACAAUUCCCCUUUUCAGAAUAUCAAUGUCUACAUUGUACAAGAUUAUAACGACCGGACAAGGCGAUAUUUCUAAGCAUAAAUCGAGAAUUCUGGAUAUAUUUUCCAAAAUUAUGCUUCGAUAUCAUUCUAAAAAAGUGUACCAUGCGCCAGAAGAACAGGAAAUGUUUUUGGUUCAUUCACUCCUUACAGAAAACAAGUUGGAGUAUAUUUUUGCAGAGUACUUAAAUAUUGAGCAUACAGAUAAGUGCGAUUCUGCCUUGGGGUUCUGCUUGGAAGAAAGUCUUAAACAAGGUCCUGAUGCGUUUAACCGCCUGCUCUGGAACAGUGCUAAAUCGUUUUCCACCAUUAGCCAACCUUGUGCUGAAAAAUUUGUGAGAGUUUUUAUCAUAAUGUCAAAAAGGAUUGCAAGAGACAAUAACCUUGGUCAUCACCUAUUUGUGAUAGCUUUACUUGAAGCCUACACCUAUUGUGAUAUAGAAAAAUUUGGCUACAAGUCAUACUUGCUACUGUUCAAUGCUAUCAAGGAGUUCUUAGUAUCGAAACCAUGGCUAUUCAGCCAAUACUGUAUUGAAAUGCUGCUUCCUUUCUGUUUAAAAACUCUCGCUUUUAUAGUAAACCAUGAGUCAACGGAUGAAAUCAAUGAAGGCUUUAUUAACAUCAUCGAAGUGAUAGAUCAUAUGCUAUUAGUUCACAGGUUUAAAUUUUCCAAUCGUCACCAUUUGUUUAACUCCGUUCUUUGCCAGAUACUAGAAAUAAUAGCAAUUCAUGAUGGUACAUUGUGUGCAAAUUCAGCAGACGCCGUAGCCAGACUAAUAACGAACUACUGCGAGCCUUAUAAUGUAUCAAACGCUCAAAAUGGGCAGAAAAAUAACUUAAGCUCAAAGAUAAGUUUGAUAAAGCAGUCCAUCAGAAAAAAUGUACUUGUGGUUCUAACGAAAUAUAUACAGUUGUCUAUUACGACGCAGUUCAGUUUAAACAUAAAAAAGAGUCUGCAGCCCGGUAUUCAUGCGAUUUUUGAUAUAUUAUCUCAGAACGAGUUGAAUCAAUUGAACGCUUUCCUUGACACACCUGGGAAACAAUAUUUCAAAGCACUUUACCUCCAAUACAAAAAGGUUGGUAAAUGGCGCGAAGAUUAA